AUGGAUAUCAAGACAGGAAAUUUCAAAUACAGUGGGGGUGAGCUGGUGAAGAGGCUCAAGACCUAUUGGUCGGACGCUUUCGCUCGCUCUGUACACGAACGACAACUAUGCUCCGGUCUAGACAUCAUCCGAUGGAUGGUGGUGACGCUAGGGCAACAUGGAAUUUUCACCACUAAGGGCAUGCAUCUAGAGCUGGUGCGAUAUGCACUAACUGAUUUUCCGAUUCGGGAAUUCUCUGAUGCGCAAACGAGACGCGAAUAUCAAGAAAUUAUCACUUUAGUUUAUAGCAAUAUGGCUAAGUUUGGGAGAAGCGGCAAUCCUCCAGACCUCUUCGAUAUCCUUGAGAACAAGAUGAUGACUGAUCAGUUUUGGUCGAACCCCAGUUACCUACUCUACAAGACUACAGCAUACGAAGAUCGAGGUGAAAGCAUACAAGAUAUAAAGUUGAGCGCCGAAGAGAUCGCUAGAGGGGGUCUUAUACGAAUUCAAUAUCCCGAAGAUCUCCCCACGGCCAUCGCAAACGUACUAGCACCCUCGAAGUGCGAAGGAAAGGAGUCUUACCAGUUCCACGUACCAACGCCACCCUUGUUCAUCCGCGUCCUUUGGGACAAUGCCCUGUGGGCUGCAUUGGAUAGAAGAUCCCCGGUCCAAACCUUGCAGCAGCUGCAAAUAGAGUACGACGACGUACAGGUCGGGAACAACAAUCUUGUCUUUUCUAAGAGCUCGACUUCCUACCGCCUUAUCUGUCUUGCUAAGAUCUCCCUCCCCAACGAGGAACCUGUAGCGGUACACCUUUAUAAUUGCGAUGGCAGCCACUUCUUGCCCCCAUAUGGGAAUAAUCAAGACCAAAACUGGUCUUGUCAGGAACCAGGGAAGUAUUACCUCAUGUAUUACAAAUCUGACGAGCCACGAUACUGGUCGGAAACAGGCCCCCUAGUCGAAACCGAACAAACUUUUGCCGAUGUUAGGCGCUUAUUGAAGAAGCCUAAGAUGCCUGGUAUUAUGCUCCCAGAGCAGCACUCAGCGCCUGGUCACCAGCCUACCUCAGCGCGACCAGCGCCGCAUCCAACGCCUAGUUCCCAAUCCAUUCAGAAGUCGAUCCCAGUGCCGCAUUCAGCGCCUGGUUCCCAAUUCAUUAUGAAGUCGAUCCCAGAGCAGCACUCGGCGCCUGGUAUCCGACCCACGGCAGGAUUCGAAACCGAACAGCCCGUUGCCGAUAUUAGGCGCUUAAUGAAGAAGCCUAAGAUGAUUGGUAUCAUGUCCCCAGAGCAGCAUUCAGCGCCUGGUUACCAGCCUACCGUAGCGCUACCAGCGCCGCAUACAGCGCCUGGUUCCCAAUCCAUUAUGAAAUCGAUUCCAGAGCAGCAUUCGGCGCCUGGUAUCCGACCCACGGCAGGAUUCGAAACCGAACAGCCCGUUGCCGAUAUUAGGCGCUUAAUGAAGAAGCCUAAGAUGAUUGGUAUCAUGUCCCCAGAGCAGCAUUCAGCGCCUGGUUACCAGCCAACCGUAGCGCGACCAGCGCCGCAUCCAGCGCCUGGCUCCCAAUCUAUUCUGACGUCGAUCCCAGAGAAGCACUCGGUGCCUGGUUACCAGCCUACCGUAGCGCUACCAGUGCCGCAUGUAGCGCCUGGCCCCCACCCCAUCAUGAAGUCGAUCCCAACGCCGAAUCCGGCGCCUAUUACCCGACCUACAACCAACCCAAGCCCAGUGCCGCAUCCAGCGCCUGGCUCCCAAAUCAUUACGAAGUCUAUCCCAAGUCUGUAUCCAGCGCCUAGUCCUCAUUCUGGCAGCAGUGCAUCUGGACGGAUUGGUUCUAGUACCAUCUUAUACGAUGACAAGCACGGUCCCCUGAAGCAUAAAAAACAAGACAACUUAAUUCAGGAGAACGCCACGUUUCCUAAAUCGUCGUUGUCGCUGGCCCCCUCACGAUCUGUCAAAGUAGUCAAGUUUCAAGAUACCGAGGAACACGGCGAAGAUGAUGAGGAUGAAGGAGAGGAUGAAGACCGGCGACCGAGGUUCAGGGUGCCGACUCCCCACCCCCAGAAGGAUCGCAAUAUAAAGAUUCGCAUGGCCGAGAAAGAUCUCGUUCUCGUUCCCCGAGUGCCAACCCUCGAAAGCAUAGGAAAAGAGAUUCGCAACGCCGAGAAAGAUCUCGUUCUCGUUCCCCAAGUGCUAACCCUCGAAAGCAUAGGAAAAGAGAUUCGCAACGCCGAGAAAAAUCUCGUUCUCGUUCCUCACGGGGUCACGAUCGCUCAAACCGCAAUCGACGAUAGUCUCCGGGCUAGAGGCAUGAACCUUCUCCCAGAUAAAUUCCAAAACUGA